AAAUGACAAAUUAUUUUCAGAACAAUGAGUUCCAGUGUUAGCAUGAUUAGAUGACAGAUCACUUCCUCUCUAGCUAUUGCUUAAAAUGUGCACUGAAUGACGCAACAGAAAUCAAAGCAAAAUCCAAACCCUUCUCUGCAAAUGAUAAGAAUGCAUGACAAAUUAUAUUUUAAAUCAUAAACAUCUGUUAAACGUUAUGCUUUUCAACUCACGAAUACAGAAAUAAACAAAUAAAGUGAAUUACAAAUUCUAAGUCCCAAGGUGAUCAACAUGUGAAUACCUAAGACGAUGAAAAUAUAUGUGACAGGAGUAAACAGAUCUGAAUUAACGGAUUCUAAAACAAUGUUAACUUGAAACUAAUGUGAAUAUCUAGAGUGUUGAACCAGACAACAAUGAUGAGUUUUCAAGAGUUUAUCAGAGGUCGUGUUGUGCUGGUUGACCUACUAGCUGUUGUGUUCGGAAUAUCCUCCUGGAUAUCAAUAAACGGGCUAUGGGUGGAGCUCCCUGUCCUAGUAAACCAGCUACCGGAGGGAUGGGCUCUACCCUCGUAUCUAUCAACUAUAGUACAGAUCGCCAAUAUUGGUCCUAUUGGAUAUAGUCUCCUCCGAGCCUUUCUCCCCCGCCCUCCCCCUCCUCACAUCAUCAUUCUUAUCGUCCUAGUCCUAGGUUGCGGAGCCUCAUUAGGUCUAGCAUUGUCAUGGAGUGUGACCUCGGAGAUUGUUGGUGUGGAGAGGUCGACGAUGUUGUUUGUUUUCGUGUUCCUCUUGUCCCUGGUGGACUGCACCAGCUCCGUCUUGUUCCUGCCCUACAUGGGGUUGUAUAGAGACGUCUACCUCAACUCCUAUCUGGUGGGGGAGGGGAUGAGCGGGUUUAUUCCUUCCAUCGCAGCGCUAGCACAGGGUGUUGGAGGAAACCCAACUUGUCAGAACCAGACCUUGACGAACGGAACAACUGUCUUGGUUCCUGUAUCCGAGGAACCGAGGUUUACUGCUCAGGACUUCUUUCUUUUCCUUCUUGGGAUGAUGAUUCUUUCACUCACUGCAUUUAUUCUUCUUCACUUCCUACCUUCUUCAAGAGAGGAAAGAGAAGGAUUGAUCCCUAGCGGUAGGAGAGGAUCAGGAUCAAGUGAGGAUCUUCAAACCCAGCACAGGGACAAGGAUGAUUCUGGUGAAAUAUCUCCCCGAGCUGUAACUCCUGUAAUCCAACCUGGGAGCAUCUAUCCUCUUUUGGUGCUCCUUGGAGCUGUAUGCUUCCUGGCCAAUGGAGCUCUUCCAUCAAUACAAUCCUACUCCUGUCUACCUUACGGAAACACAGUUUAUCACUUAGCAGCUACGCUUAACGCAAUGGCUAAUCCUUUGAUGGCUUUCUUGGCGAUGUUCCUGCCUUGCUACAACAAGAAGAUGGUUGGAUUACUGGCACUACUGGGUAUUAUUACCACCAGCUAUAUAGUAGCUACUGCCUUGAAUUCUCCAGUUAUGCUUUGGGGAGAUCUAGGAGCUGUUCUAACUGUUCUAGGCUGGGUAGCUUCUGGAGCUCUUUUCUCAUAUGUCAAGGUGUCGAUAGCUGGGUUAUGUCGUGAGGCUGGAGCAUUGUUCUACUGCGGAGCAGCUACACAAAUAGGGUCAGCCGGGGGAGCUCUUACAGCGUUCAUAUUAGUUACACAGACGAAUCUGUUCCAGGGCUACUACGUUACCUGCUGAUAUCUUGUUAAAAUAUCAGCUCGCUGCUGAUAUCUUGUUAAAUGAUCAGCUCGCUGCUGAUAUCUUGUUAAAAUAUCAGCUCGUCCUGAAUAUUACUCUAAUUCAAUCCAACUGCAGCUAUUUCAAGCAACUUUCAUCCGAUUUCAAUUGAUAGAAGGAAUCUUUCAGCUGUUUAAAACAAAGCACUAGCUGAUCCUUGAUAUCUUUCAGCUGACAUAGGACCAUGUCAGCUGAAACGUGAGAAUCAUGUCAGCUGUCCAGACACACCAUCAGCUGACCCAAGACCAUGUCAGUUGUUAAAACAAUUUAUCAGCUGGCACAGGAUCAUGUCAGCUGUUUAGUCGAUUCAUCUGCUGACGCAGGAUCAUGUCAGCCAUUCACAACUCAUCAAUUCAUCAGUUGACACAAGAAAGUCAUCUGUCACGGCAAAUCAUCAGCUGAUAGGGGACGGGGAAUGGAAAUUUUAGCCGACCACUAAAACUGGGACCAGGAAUCCAAGUCAUCCAAGUGAGCUACCAUCUUGACUUGCAAACUUAGCAAAGAUGAAAUAGCAAUGAAUUCAUGUUGAAAUUACAUAUCUGUAAUCUAAAACUAGGGAAAUGUACCUCGGGCACUAUUUUUUUAUACAGAAUACACAUAUUGUGAGGGUAGCACAGUGAAUAUUGUCAGGAUUAGAAUGUAUUACAAUAAUUACUACUAAGUAUAUACUAUCAAACGGUUCAAUGUAAAGAAGGCCAAAAAUUGUCGAGUAUCGUCUUGAGACUACGAAACUCUGAAAAUUGUCGAGUAGGCGUCUUGAGACUACGAAACUUUGAAAAUUGUCGAGUAUCGUCUUGAGACUACGAAACUCUGAAAAUUGUCGAGUAUCGUCUUGAGACUACGAAACUCUGAAAAUUGUCGAGUAGGCGUCUUGAGACUACGAAACUUUGAAAAUUCAGAGGAGUCGUCAUUUCACUGAUAUAUAUUUAAUUUAGUGUAAUAGCAUUUAAAUUUUCAUAUUAAGCAGGUUCAUAAUUUUAUAAUAUAGUUGUCUGUCGUAAUAUUAUUAAAUGUCGUUGAAUUGGGGAGAAUCCUUGUAAUGUUUUACAUAAGUACACUUACAGUACAGUCAUUGACAUAAUCGUUAAAUUAAUAUGUUAAAGCCUUUUUUGAGAAGUUAUUUUUCUCCCGGCAUUAAAGGUUUUGGGACGAAACCAAAUAUUUGAUGAAAAUUGGUUAAAAUUAUUUAAGAACAUUUAUAAUUAUUCUGUUGUUAUUUUUU